AUGGCGAAGAAAAAAGCAGCAGCGUUUCUUAUCUUGUACCUGAUGUUUUCGUAUUUGUUCAUAACAGUUUCAGCCGGUUUCAGCGGUGGUGGUGGACGUAGUAGCAGUGGCAGUAGUCGGGGAAGUAGUAGCAGUGGCAGCAGCAGUCGGGGAAGUAGCAGCCGUGGCAGCAGCGGCGGAAGUGGAAAGGGUAGUGGCAGUGGUGCACGCAGCAGUGGUGGAGGUGGAAAGGGUGGCGAUGGUAGUUACUAUUCUCCUGGAGUUGGUUACAUCCCUUAUUCUCCUGGAGUUGGUUACAUCCCUUCCCCUACUAAUGCUGGAAGCCUCACAAAUAACCAUCACAAGGGUAAUGGUGCAUUCCCAUUGUUUGCCACGCUCACCGCCGUUGCCCUAGUUAUGUAA